AUGUACGGGGCGGAGCAGAUUAGACACUUGAAAGCCCAUGAUGCCGCCUGUAUGGCCGUCCAAUCAACAGUGGAUGAAGAGUACACAGUCGAACCUAGUCAACGAAAGACGAAUCACUGCUAUAUUCGUCUACUCAAUAUCCUCUUCUCCGAUAUGUGUGCAAGUCGAUUUGCAUCGUCGGAUGAUGCAGCUACUCGCAAUCCGAUCGAUGCAAAAGAGGUCAACCAGAACACGCAGGUUUGGAGAUAUGUCACCGAUUCGUUCUGCAACAACACCACAGCCUAUAACGGACUUCUUGUGGUGAAUAAUUCACGCUUCGACGACAUCGAUCCAUCCAACAUCGUGCCGCACGAAACGCCACGUCUCAAAUACGUGAAGGCAUACUCUAAGUUUUACGUGUCCGGUCAAAACUCCAACGAUUUUUACAAUUUUUGGGAGGAGAACUUGGACGUCGUAAAUCUGAGAGCGUGCAUCGCUAUCAAACCGGAGCUGGAAGACGAUCAAACUGCCGACACAACAGCACAAACCGAUCCGUCUACUGCUCGACCCGAAGAUGAAAGCACUCUACUCGAUCGGAUUGACAAGCUGCACCGGCUCAUCCAGCAAGUCAAGGAGCGCCAGGAAAAAGCUAAUAGCGAAGGGCAAGUGGACAAUACGCUGUCCAAAAGCCUUAAACUUUACCAACAACGCUUGGAGCACUAUGAAACCCGACUAACAGCUCUGGACUGA